AUGGCGCAGAGUGCUUGGGAGCAGAGCAGUCUCGAGCCAUCCUCCCCAGGCGACAUGUUCCCUGUCAUGUCCAUCUUCACUGCAGACAGCGCAGACGCUUCGAACAAAGGUGGCGUGGAUCAUGUUACGUCAGUUGCGUCGCUGCGAUCUUUGUCAGACAAGCUGCCCACCUUCCUGCGAGGAGUUCCAAUCCGAUAUCUCCUUACCGGUGCUGGACAGUAUUUGACCUCUUCCGAGGUGUCUGAAGCAGACGGAGAUGUACGAAGAUUGGCCAGGCAUUGUGAUGGAUACAGCGGCUUUGUCAGCCAUGACUGGAAGACCUCCCGCUGGCUGAAGUUCUUUUCCCUGUUGGUCCUCUACAACUCCAAGGCGGCGGCGGUGUCCACGUUCGUUGUGAGCCUGCUUGGUGGCAUCUUGAUCGCAUGCGGCGCCCUUCCGGACAGCGAUUUCGCCUGUUGCAUCGGGUUUCUGAACUUUGUUCUGGUGUUCUUAUUCUGGCAACACCUUCGAGAUCUCUUCUUGCAGCCGCAGCUUGUGUUUCUGGACAAGCUGUGCAUACCGCAGGAUGACGAGCAAGUCAAGGAAGAGUGCAUUCUAGGUCUGGCUGGCUACCUCAAAGCCUCUGAGAAACUGGUCAUUCUGUGGUCGGAGCGGUACUUCCAGCGUUUGUGGUGCAUGUACGAAGUGGCUGCUUUUCUGCGAACCAAUCCAAAGCCCAACGCUGUGCAAAUCGUUCCGGUCACACUGCCCCUGCUCCUUCUGAUCCAUUAUGCUUGGUGGUGCCUACACAGCAUGGCCUUGCAUGUGAUGUGGCACUCCGUGCUGGGCACUGAGGGUUCCCGAGCAAUGUUCGCCGGAGUGGUCCUGACGGCUGCAUUCGUCAUCUCUUUCCCCCUGCAGUCGCGGGCCGGAAUCCACUUGCACCAGAACCUGAGCAUGCUCAAGGAACAGCUCGGGCAGUUCAACAUUCACCGCACCGAGUGCUCGUGCUGUAGCUUGGGUCACAAGCAUCCGCACACUGGAGCGGCGCUGCCCUGCGACCGGAAGCUCGUGUACCGCACACUGCUGCACUGGCAUGGCAAGCAUGGCUUCUCCACCGACCAAUGCUUGGACCGGUUCAGCCAGACUGUAAGGAGCCAGCUUGGAGACAGCAUCCUGCGCGCCUGGGGAAGCUGUGCCGUGCCAUUGGAUUUCUUCGCGUAUACCGUCUUGAGCGUGCGAUCGCCUUUCCUGUUCGAGACCAUUCCUGACCUCACGAAGGAGCUGUCGCAGAACAACAUGGAUGGCCUGCAAGCGCUCAUCUGUGGCAUUCGACAUCUUCUUGGCUGGGCAAGCGCGGUUCCUGUAAUGUUAUUCUACCUUUGGAUGUGCAUGCAGCUCUGGGGGCGUGGUGCACAUCCACGCUGGCCGGCUGUUGCAGAAGCAUUCUGGAUGAGCGUCACCACAAUAGCCCUGGCCGUGCUUUCGGGCGUUGUGGGGCUGCCUCUUCUCUGGCAGGAUCCCUACAGCUUGUUUGCCGCGAUCCCCUUUGUCUUGCUCACGGGGAUCAGUCUUUGGCUCAUCGUCAAGAUGGAGCAGAUCCCGACUCGGGCGCUCUCUCAGGAAGUGGCGCCGGCAAAGACCUACGACGCUUCGGACGUGGAUGUGGCCAUUGAAGAAGACGUGGUUUCGGUCUAA